AAUCGUCCUCAUAGAUAGAUAGAUAGAUAGAUAGAUCAUAGACUCCAUCCGCAAAGUGAAAAGAGAGAGUGAAAGAUGGGUGUGAUGCAGGUAGCAUUGAUAUGCUUCCUUAUUGGGAGUCUGGGGGCAAAUGCUGAGCAAUUAAGCAGGAAUGUGUGUGAAGAUCUGGGGUUUACGGGUCUAGCUUUAUGCUCCGAUUGUACUACUCUUUCUGACUAUGUCAAAGAUCAAGAGUUGGUGUCUGAAUGUUUGAGCUGUUGUACAGAAGACUCUGAAGAUGCCAUGAGUAAGGUUGUUUAUUCUGGAGCAGUUCUGGAAGUCUGCAUGAGAAAGCUGGUUUUCUAUCCUGAAGUCGUUGGGUUCAUUGAAGAAGAUAAGGAUAAAUUCCCUUUCGUAAAAGUUCAAUAUGCAUUUAAUUCUCCACCAAAGUUGAUCAUGUUGGAUGAACAUGGAGAGCACAAGGAAACCAUUAGAAUUGAUAACUGGAAACGCGAGCACAUAUUGCAGUUCUUGAAAGAGAAGGUUAAACCAUCAUCAGAUAUCUAAUGUGGCUGGCAUUCUAGUCCCGUUUUGAUCUAGAGCAGUGUUGUGUGGGCUUUUCUUCAACCUGCAUCUGAUUUCAGAAAAACUCCAAGUCCCGGAGAUCGUUCUUAUGAGACAUGAAAUUAAUAGCAACCAACAAGUUUGAAGGCUAUUCAUUUACAAAAAAUGCACUGAAUUUUGUGCUUUUACGUGCUUGACUUGAUCAUUUGAUUUCGACA